AGAUUGUCCUCAGAAUUGAGCUGAGGGAGUUGAUUGCACUUCCAGGAGGUGGAAUGGAAAAGGCCUUUCCCUCAGAUUCCCAUGCUGGCAUUUCCGUGAGGAUUUCGGGUAUUAUCUCCAUGGUGGGCCAAGGCACAGAGACAGGACUGACUCAGAAUGCAGAGCCAGAGCCCCGGAGCCUCUCCCUUGGUGGCCACGUGGGCUUCGAUAGCCUCCCGGACCAGCUCGUCAGCAAGUCAGUCACACAGGGCUUCAGCUUUAAUAUCCUCUGCGUGGGGGAGACUGGCAUUGGCAAGUCCACGCUGAUGAACACGCUCUUCAACACGACCUUCGAGACCGAGGAAGCCAGUCAUCAUGAGGAGUGUGUGCGCCUGCGGCCCCAGACCUACGACCUCCAAGAGAGCAACGUGCACCUCAAGCUGACCAUCGUGGAUGCUGUGGGCUUUGGGGAUCAGAUCAAUAAGGAUGAGAGUUACAGGCCCAUAGUUGACUACAUCGACGCGCAGUUUGAAAACUACCUGCAGGAGGAGCUGAAGAUCCGCCGCUCACUCUUCGACUACCAUGACACGAGGGUCCACGUCUGCCUCUACUUUAUCACGCCCACUGGGCACUCUCUCAAGUCCCUGGAUCUGGUGACCAUGAAGAAACUAGACAGCAAGGUGAACAUUAUUCCCAUCAUUGCCAAGGCUGACACCAUCUCCAAGAGUGAGCUCCACAAGUUCAAGAUCAAGAUCAUGGGCGAGCUGGUCAGCAAUGGGGUUCAGAUCUACCAGUUUCCCACUGAUGAUGAGGCUGUUGCCGAGAUUAACGCAGUCAUGAACGCGCACUUGCCCUUCGCUGUGGUAGGCAGCACUGAGGAGGUGAAGGUGGGGAACAAGCUGGUCCGAGCACGGCAGUACCCAUGGGGAGUGGUGCAGGUGGAGAAUGAGAACCACUGUGACUUUGUGAAGCUCCGGGAGAUGUUGAUCAGAGUGAACAUGGAGGACCUCCGAGAACAGACCCACAGUCGGCACUACGAGCUGUACCGGCGCUGCAAGCUGGAGGAGAUGGGCUUCCAGGACAGCGAUGGUGACAGCCAGCCCUUCAGUCUGCAGGAGACUUACGAGGCCAAGCGCAAGGAGUUCCUGAGUGAGCUGCAGAGGAAGGAGGAAGAGAUGAGGCAGAUGUUCGUCAACAAAGUGAAGGAGACAGAGCUGGAGCUGAAGGAGAAGGAGAGGGAGCUGCAUGAGAAGUUUGAGCACCUCAAGCGGGUCCACCAGGAGGAGAAGCGCAAGGUGGAGGAGAAGCGCAGGGAGCUGGAGGAGGAGACUAGCGCCUUCAACCGCAGGAAGGCCGCGGUGGAGGCCCUGCAGUCCCAGGCCUUGCACGCCACCUCGCAGCAGCCUCUGAGGAAGGACAAGGACAAGAAGAAUUAACGCACGCACAGACUUACAUGUCAAGAGCGGACUUUAGACUUUCAUGUGUUAAGUUGCUUGAGUUACACCUUGUGACCCUUCUUCUCCCAUAACAUGGUGUGAGGACGGACUGGGAGCCGGUACAGACUCCAGUGUUUACAGCCUUGCUUUGUCCCCUACCCCCACCCCCAGGCUGCCCUGGGCCUGGUGGGCCACCCUCUCUAUGCAAACACGUCAAAGCCAUGAAUGCUGGAAUCCAAAACUGACAAGGUUUAUUUUUUUCAGAGCCAGUGGCUGGUCUUCCAUUUACAGUGUCACUAUUCCUUGACGGAGCAGUUAUGUGCCGCUCUAGCGAAGGCCCCAGCCGGCGAUGCUCGGCCUAAUUGUUCAGCGUCAAGAUGGCAACUCAUGCGGUGCCCUAGGUGUGGCCGCGUGGUCUGGUAUACAUGCUGCAAAAUUCGCUCGAUUCCCCCUCAGUUUAAUUUUUCUAACCUAGAGCUUAAUUUCAAUAAUAACUUUUAAGAUACUUCUAAAUUUUUAUUUUGGCACAAGCGUAAAGACAAAUAAUAUCCUCUCCCGUUAUUUUCAUAAGUAACCCAGAUUCCCUCAUUUUUUAAAAACUAAAAAUAUCUCUAAACCUUUCUUAUGUAUAAAGCAUCCCUAUAAUAUUUAGGGAGAGGUGGGUAAUAAACAUCCUGUGAUGACAGUGUUUGGAAUUUCUUUAUGGAUGAAAGUGGGACACGAAGGAGACCACAUGCAGUGUUUUAAAUGUGGACGUAAAUGGAACAGCAGCCCAAAGCCGUUGUCUGUGUGCUCCACAGGUGCUACCCAUACACAGGGACCACUCCACGUGUGUGUUAAGUGUUUGACUCCAACUAAGACCCCCCCCCAAACCAAUCCUGCAUAUUCCAAAUGCAAAGAGUACUCUGCCAGGAAAAGGUCGUUUUUUUAUCUCAAGGUCGUUGUUUUCUGUUUUCCUGGCCGACUCACAAAGCAAAGACACGAAGGUGUCUGAUGUAUGUGGACUAUUUGAGAAAACACUACCAGCCAAGGAGCUUUCCCACCUCCACUGCGUUCUUCAGGGGAUCAUUGUGAGGAAGUACUGGCAGUAUUGAUUCUCCGAUGUUCCUGUUGGUCUGCGAGCCGCUGCGAGUAUCAGGGCUGAGAAUAUGGUGUGAUGAAAUAGAUAAAAAAAUGAGUAGAUGAAAGGAUUUCAUUUAAUGUUGAUGGAGCACUGUGCUAGAUACAGUGUACUCAGAAUAACACACAGCCCUGCCCUCAGGCAGCUCACAGUCUAGUGCACUCCCUAGUCGGAAGCCUUGGGAAGUCGCGCUAAUUUAUUGUCGGAUUGGUCGUUUGUUUUUCAUGUCCUCUGUCCUCCUUCCCAUUGCUGUUUCCCCCUUUCUGCCUUGGCCUGCUUUACUGAUUUCCGGGACCAAGUCCUGGCUUCGUCCUGCCCUUCUGAGAUGGGGCUCCACUCAGAGUGGGGAAGAGGGGCGAGCCGUGUGUGUGUCCCCAGAGGCACGGCAGGAAAAAGGCAGCCUUGUCCUCCUCACCAGGAGCAGAGAAGGUCUUACGGAUGUCCGGAGUGCAACUGCUCUAAGUGUCAUGCCGUGACCAGGGGUGGAUCCAGAUUGUAAGGGGCUUCAGUGUGGGCAUUCAAAAGGCCAAUCAGCGUAUACCUAAGGCACAUGUGGACUGUCGGUGGCUUGACUUUAGGGGGAUUAUAUGUGUGAGAGUGUAUUCAUUUUGGCUGAGGCAUGACCUGUAAGAUCGCCUCUGUCAGCUAAUGUAUUUCUGAAGAUGAGGCUCAGUGACCCAGAGGAUUCGCUGGUUAUAUAAGAAACAGAGAUUCCUGGUUCACGGGCCGAUUUGGGGACUCUGGAGUAGACAGCUCCUGCCACCCAUUCACCACAGCCUGUGGGCUGCAGCUCGGGCAUACUGGAAGGUCGGAACUGUGGCUGGUUACCUUCCUAUGGGUGCAGGGCUUCCCAGCAUCUCUCGGGAGACCUGUCACUCUUAACACUUUCUGGGGUCUGAGCUGCUUCCACAGGUACCAUCGGCUCUAGUGAGCCUUGCCACCCUUCUCUCCCUGGGCUAUUUGUGUUUGUAAGUUUAUCAUCUUCAGCUGAGACCAAAUUAAUCCUUGAUGCACAAAAUGAGCUUAAAACCGUUAUUUAACAAGCUACCCCGUCCGGGAUGUGACGCUUGUAGUCAGGAUCUGAUUUGCCUCUCCUUUUCAGAAUCAUCUUUUAGCAUUAUUAGGACUGUCAGUGGGGUCAUGCUGGCAUUUAUGAUCAUGUCUCUCAUGAGCUACGUUGGUUUUGGGUAGAAUCAUGUAAUUUAUUGUCCAAACUGAGACUUUUCAGAGUGAAAGCAGGUCCUAUUAAUAAUCAUGCCAGAUCAACAGGUGUAAGCUGGAACGGUCUCAGGCGAACCGGCAUGAAUGGUUACCCUGGUGAUGGGUAACCUGAAUGGAGGUGGUUUGUAAUUGUGCAGACUGACUGCAUAUAUGUUUCCAUGUGUCUGUGUGUGGGUGCUUGUUAAGUGGGGCUCAUAUUACUGGAUAAGAGGCCCAAGGGAAGUGUGGCUUGCUCGUCUGUUACGUUAACAUGCUUUUCUAAAACUGCUUCACCUGUUAAUUCAUUUACUCCUUCAUACAUUGACUGUUUUUGUUCCUUUCCAUUCACUUUGUACUCUUUUUUUUUCCCCAUUAAAUUUUGCAUUUAUUUUGA